CAGAGGACAGAGAGAUCACCGCCCUGUUGUUUACUGUAGCCUAUACGAAGAUCAACGGUUAGUAUAGGAAUUUGCACACUGAAAGCUGUGAAAAUGAAACCCUUUCAACCUUUUGCAUGCUCAUGAAUAUUCAUGAGUAGAAUUAGGCUGCGGUAACGACGAGGCUACGGGUUUGGUAUGACGCGGAGCGCCUACGGGAUGAAAUGUGGACGUGUUACUUUGUUGCAGCUACUGAACGAUUGUGCCUAAUAGUCGGGAUUUAGGGAACAUUUUACGCAUCGAAAGGGUCUGUCUGUAGUUGCUGUAACCGGGGAAAGGUGAUUUCCUAUACCACAUUACAAACGCAUAAAAAUAUAUAUAUAUAUUUAUUGUGAAAAGAGCCUAAACAGAGUGCAGAAUGGUAUUUUUUAGACAUAUCUCUAAUGCACAAAACACACUGGCCUCUCUGCCACAAUAUCUAGCAUAUUUCGACUCGAAUAUUCUUUAGAAAAGAGAGGAAAAAAGAGGAUAUUAAUCGUGGAUAUCUUUUCCGUUUUAACUUGAAGCAGAAGGCAACAACCACACUGUUCCCGUCUCUCCCACCCCCGAUCUGGCGGUGGCUGGUUGGUUGUAAACCUUCUUGGCAAAGGUUCAAGUAGUGAUUAAAUAAAAUAAAAUAAAAAUGGGGGCGACGGAGACUGGCGUGACUGAGCAUGCGCCUGAGGGGGCUGCCGUCGAAGAAUGAAGUAAAUAGAAUGUUGUCGGUGCCCGGGCGGUGACGUCACCUCUCCACACCGGGACUGGGCUGAGCGGAGGCUGUAGGCGAGGCAGUAAGAGAGACAGAUAGAGGACGCGUCAGUCGUAGUAGUCUAAAAAAACAUCCUCCCUGCUGUCAUGCACUUCUGUUUGUAACUUAAUUGUUUGUUGCUAUAGUCAGGAGACCGACGGAGAGGAGUAGAGGACGUAUUCUUCUUUUUAAGAGACGGAAGGACCUGUGUCUGAUUUCUAAAAAGGACUAGGAGAUAUCCACACACAGAGACCUGGGUUAGAGAGAGAUUUAACGUCGUUUUUCGGUGAAAGGGAAGCUAUGUCGUCCGCGACGGUAGCUGCUUCAAGAAGGCAGUCUUGUUAUUUAUGCGACCUGCCCCGCAUGCCCUGGGCUAUGAUCUGGGAUUUUACCGAGUCCAUCUGCAGGGGAUGUGUCAACUACGAAGGAGCUGACCGGAUCGAGUUUGUGAUUGAGACAGCCCGGCAGCUGAAGCGGGCUCACGGUUUACAGGAGGGGAGAUCUCCGGGGCCCGCUAAACAGCAGCAGCUCUCGGGGAAAGAAAUCCAUGCUAAUCACCACGGGUCUGGAGGAGACAACGGUUCCCGACCACCUCAGCCCCUUGACCGCUACCCCCUCUCCACCUCGGACCGUCCUCCGCGGCUGGGGCCGGAGUACCAGUCUGGGAGACAGGCUAACGGCAUUCCGUUACCUAAUGGAUUUCCUAAACCGGACGAUCCACCAGAGCUUAACCGGCAGAGCCCAAACCCGCGCAGGAAUAACACGGUUCCCCCUAAUCUAGUGCCUUUGGUGAACGGGAACAUGUCCUCCGUGCACGCCGUUAACGGCCGACCGAUGGGGCACCCGGGGUCAGGUUUGAUGGCUGGUAGCCCCAACGGGCACGGCGGUAAGCGCCCGGCCUCGUUCUCCAGCAUCGAGCAACACGAGAAGGAUAAGCACAGACCGGAUAGCCUGACGCCGGAAAUAGAGAACCACAAACAAAGGACGGAUGACUGGAUGAACAAGGGGAAAACGGUCAGGGACUUGAUGGCUCUCCAUACCUUCGACAACAGGUUCAAGAAGGAUCCUGCCUCCAUGCAACAGAGGGUGAUGGGCUAUGAGCAACAACAGAACGCCGCAGGUUCUAAAUCAGACAGGGGAAAACACCCGCGGACCAUGAAGAGGAAAGCAUCGCCGGAACCGGAGGGAGAGAGAGAGGGAACCGCCGCCAAGCAUAACGGAGAGGACAGACAGCAGUGGUUACCGGGUCCACCGUCUGACCGUGACGGACAUAAAAUGACCCCGGGACCACCACCAAGCUUCUCCUCCGUCCCCACCAUAUCCCCCCACUCACGCACCACCCCACCGGAAGCUGCGCAGAACGGCCAGUCCCCCAUGGCGGCUCUGAUCCUCGCGGCAGACAACGCCGGUGGUGGCGGGAACAGCUCGCCCAAAGACGGGAACCAGGUCCACUCCACCACGCGGCGCAACAGCAGCAGCCCGCUCUCGCCCUCCUCCAUGAACCAGAACCGGCGGCUUGGACAGGGAAGAGAUGGUACUGGUGGCGCGGGGACAACUCACGUGUCAGGAGGAGGCGUGGACCAAGGGCACGGACCUCAAAGCAUUCCGGACCCGUCAGUACCCGGGAGCGUACCCCUCUGCUGCACGCUCUGUCACGAGAGGUUAGAGGACACACACUUUGUUCAGUGUCCGUCGGUUCCCUCGCACAAGUUCUGCUUCCCGUGUUCGCGGCAGAGUAUCAAACAACAAGGAGCCACCGGGGAGGUGUACUGUCCCAGCGGGGAGAAGUGCCCGUUGGUCGGCUCUAACGUACCGUGGGCUUUCAUGCAAGGAGAAAUCGCUACCAUCCUUGCAGGAGAAGUCAAAGUAAAAAAAGAGAGGGAUACUUGAUUUUCAUUUUCAACAUGGGGAAGGGAUUGUUGUGGGGGGGGGGGGGAGUUCAAAUACAGCUAUAUAAAUAUACAAAUACCACAUACCUACUGCAUACCAUCCAAGCAAACUAAUGGACUAUGUACAUAGUGGACCCAAACCGUAGGGACUACUGCACACCAUCCAAGCAAACUAAUGGACUAUGUACAUAGUGGACUCAAACCGAAGGGACUACUGUAUACUUCAGUAAAACAUGACUGUAAUGUUUUUAGAUUUUUUGGGAAUACAUUGUGUUUGUAUAUUUUUGAAGAUGAAGGUAUGUAAUCAUAAUAAAAUAGGACUCUUCUUGGUUGAUGUACUUCUAAGUUUACAUCUCAAAUGGCACCCUAUUCCCUAUUGCAAUGCACUACUUUUUUAACCAGAACCCCCUAGGGGGAAACCCAUAGGGCUCUCUGGUCAAGACUAGUGCUUUAGGUAAGGUACAGGGUGGUUGUUUGGGACGUGACCUGUCUGAUAGCAGUUCCUUUUCAAAACGUAGAAUGUGACUGAUGAUGACUAGCCUCUCUCUCUCUCUCUGUAAGCGUCCAACUGAAAUCAUUUAACUGUAAUGUGUAUAUGCGCUUGUUUCAACAAAAAAAAUAAUUGCCAAAAUACAAUUUGUGAUCUUGUAUGAAGAA